AUGUUCACGCGCCUGGGCGUGAGGGUCCACUACUCCCACGAGGCCGACAACGACGACACCAUCGCCGCGCACGCCUUCGCCCGGUCCGCCGCCGUGCUGAGCGCCGAUCGUGACAUGUACCAGUACACCGGCAUUACCCCGCCUCUCCGCGUGUUCUACUCCUUCGCCAUGCAUGGGCAGCGGCUCCAGCUGUCCGAGCGGCCUCCCAGCGACCGGGCCAGCCGGUCAUGCGAGCGAGCAGUGAUCGUGCCACCGCCGGCCACCAACGCCUCCAUGCACUCGCAGUGGGGCUCAUCCGACGAGAGCACGAUCGCCUACCUUCGCGGUUCACCCUCGCCGUUGACGCGCGACCUGGGCAACAUUCACUUAGCCGCCCGCGCGCUGCGUCAGGCGGUCUACCACCGGCUCGGGGUCAAAGGGACAGUCCACGAGGUGUUCCCCACGUGGGACGGGGACAAGGUCGCCUGGACCGACGAUCAUGUCGCGCCAGAUCCGGAGAUGUCUUACCUGCUGGCCGACAUGUCGCCAGAUCAGGUCGUCGCCCGCCUCUUCCCCGACUUUGACAGUCCUCCCUCCACGCUGCGGCCAGAGCUCAUGCACAACCAUGCCUGGGCGGUCCGGGCCGUGGUCUACGAGCUGCUCGUGAUCGGGUCCGGAGGUAGCCCGUCCCUGUUCGACAUGAUGGAACGCGACCCCAGAGCGGCAGCGACCGCGACAGCUACGGAGGCCGUGGUCGCGGACGAGACCGAGGCUUCAGGCAGCGCGGCGGGCGAGGAGGAAAGCCGAUGGACGCUUCAUGUCAGCGAGGAAGAGGGGACGACCACUAUACGCCAAGGGCCGGAAGCGAGCGGAACGAGUGGCAACGAAGUGGAGGACGCGAGGGGGGUCAAACAAAAGGACGAGAAGGACAAGGAAGGGGGGCAGCGAGGGAUUCUAGCCCGUGGGAGAGAGGACCGGUGA